AUGGCCUGGCAGAGAUUCGUGGGUAAACGAGACAACCCAUCAAGUGUGUUCUCCGACAACGGGCCCAAUUUCGUCGGUGCACAAAAGGAGUUGAGCAACUGGUUGAUGCGGUUAGAUAAAUGCGCCCUGCAAGACCGACUGUCGCCAUCUGGAACCCAAUGGCACUUCAACCCACCUAUGGUUGAUGCGGUUAGACAAACGAGCCCUGCAAGACCGACUGUCGCCACCUGGAACCCAAUGGCACUUCAACCCACCUUACAGCAGUCACCGACGGAGGAGUUAGGGAACGGCUUAUACGGUCGGUGCGAAAAAUAUUGA